CAUAUAUCUGUUAGCGGCGCAUAGUUGAACAGAAUGAGGAAUCGAAGCGACGACAUGGCGACCCAGCUUGAGGUUCCUCCGGGCACUGCAGGCACAAGCAACGCAACCACGACCACCGCGCCGCCUGAGGAACGGCACCGUUCCAUUUUCGAAGUACCGCAAAACUUCUUCGAUUCCUGCAAUCUUCUUCCUUCCCCUCACUCUUUAGCCCUUUCAACCUCCGAGACCUCCAACAACUCCACUCUUGAAACCCUCGACGAAUCCGAGCCUGAAGCAGAAGCCAAGGAGAAGCGCUUCCAAAACCUAGCAACUAGGUGGACCUGCAAUACCUGCAGGGGCGAAUUCGAGUCCCUCAAAGACCAGCGCUCACACUUCAAGUCCGACAUUCACCGAUUCAAUGUGAAACUGAGCAUUGCUGGAAAGAACAUUGUAAAGGAGGAAGAUUUUGAUGAGUUAACAUCUGAGUCUUUUAAAGACUAUGAUGUAUCGAGUAUAUCAGGAUCGGAAGAUGAGGUGGAAAAGGAAAUUUACGAUCGUAAGGGUUCGGCCGCGAGUGUUAAGCAGAAGUUGUUCGUCCGCCUUCAAACGGGCGAGAGAAUUUCGGUUUGGAAGUGUUUAAUUAUGGAGCAGUCUGAGAAUAUUGUGUUUGAGAAUGAUAAAGCAGGUUGGAUUGGUGAACAUGGAAGUGUGCCUGAGAAGGAAGUGAUUGGCAGAUUGACAAGUUUGAUCAACGAGCCUAGGGAUAAUACCCAUUUGAGAAUUGUGUUGCUUGCAAGUGGUGGGCACUUUGCUGGUUGUGUUUUUGACGGAAAUAUUGUUGUGGCUCACAAAACAUUCCACAGAUAUGUUGUAAGAGCCAAGGCUGGGAAAAAACAGUCAUCAAAAGAUGCUAGUGGGAAGGCCGCAAAUUCUGCUGGAGCUUCCCUUCGACGUCAUAAUGAACUUGCUUUGAAAAAGGAACUUCAAGAACUACUUGCUGCUUGGACGCCUUAUUUUGAUGCUUCCUCUUGCGUCUUCAUUUAUGCUCCUUCUAACAAUCGUCAACUGCUUUUUAAUGGGGAAAAACCAUAUUUUAGUUGUCGGCAUUCGGUUGUUCAAAACAUUCCAUUGGCUGUUCGGAGGCCCACGUUGAAGGAGGCACGGCGAUUGUACAGUCAGUUGACUCAAGUUGUUCAUGAAGUAAAUGAGAAGGAAAUUCUACCAAGUUCCGAAAAUAACAAACUGUUUAGUGAAGGUACUCUAAGCAGUGACAGCCUAAACAUGGAUAAAAAGGACAUUUCAGAUUCUAGGGAAAGUACUGAAGUUUGUCCAAGUUGCAGAAGUCCUGAUGAAGCUUCUGCAUCAAGUGAGGCUGAGCGGGAAGUUGUAUGUACAACAACACCUCUGCAUGAAGCAACAAAGUCUGGCAAUGUGGAUAAGGUUUUGGAACUCUUGGAACAGGGUCUGGAUCCUUGCAUCAAAGAUGAAAGGGGGCGGACCCCAUACAUGCUUGCAAGUGAGAAGGAGGUUAGGAAUACUUUUAGACGGUUCAUGGCCUCAAACCCUGAUAGGUGGGACUGGCAUGCUGCUAAGGUACCUAGUGCAUUGACAAAAGAGAUGGAGGAGUCUCAAGCUGCUAAGCAGGCUGAAAAAGACACUAAAAGGAAAGCAAGAGCCAAGGAAUUGAAGAAAUUACGUAAAGCAAGAGAAAAGAAAGCUCAGGCUCAGGUUUCAGGGUCCCAGAAUGCUUCAAAGAUUGUCAAGGAUGGAGGAGCCAGUCCAUCCGUUCUAAAGAAUCAGCCUCAACCUAGUUAUAUAUCUGGGAUCUCUAAGGAGGAGGAUCUAAAAAGGGCAAUGGCUGCUGAAAGGGAAAAGAGAGCAGCUGCUGCUGAGAGGAGAAUAGCUGCAUCUGCCAAUGCUCAAAGCAACAGCACAACAAAUACAACGGGCAGCUCACAGGCGAAAGGUGGAUUAGCCGGUGACAUAAACUGCUCUUGUUGUAAUGCAUCACUGGCUGGUAAAGUUCCUUUCCAUAGAUAUAAUUACAAAUACUGCAGUACAUCAUGCAUGCAUGUACACAGAGAGGCCCUUGAGGACGGAUAAUGCAAACCGCUGGAUUAUAUUUAUACUUUUAUGCUGCAAUCCCAAGUUUUUAAA